UUUUUAUGCGAUCGCGUCGCUCAGGGAAAGAGACAGACUUUAGGACGGCAGAAGGGGGUAGCGGUGGAAGUGCCCUGCCAUCACCUAUUCCUGAUCCUAUCCUCCAGCUACGUGGCCAAUCAGCGUGUGUCAGGGACACAUGAACGGUGAUUUUCACGGAAUGCCUCGCGGAACAAAGAAGCCGCCCGUCGCGAAUUCUCGCCUUCGUCUUUAGAUUGAGUUUGGCACAGUUUGCGUGUGAUUUUCGUUGCGUAGGUUUGCAGUUAGAUAGUGAAACCAAAAGAGAAGAUUAGACGAAAUUAAAAGUACAGCGGUUUUGUUUUGCUCAAGACCCCGGGAGGAAAGUUGGCGUCGUGAGAGCUUUGUCGUUCGCUCAUCUCGAGUCGAGGCGAGGCUUUCUCUGCUACAUUGUUACGUUGGAACGAGGUGGGCAGAGCGUGUGACCCUUUGGCUGUGCCGACAUGAGGUUCUCCCCAGACCUGUAGGCCCCGCAUGGAGUAACAGGACCAGGUCCCCAGUGUGAGGCGCCUGUGUGUGCGUGAGAGAGGCCACUCCCCCCCCCCCGCCCCCCUCGCCCCGCCCGUCUGGCCUCGGAGCCCAUGAGGUAACGUCGGGGAAGCCCCGCCCCCAUCGCCACCCUCGUUCCACCCUCCUCCAUCCCCCCCCCCCCACCCACACCCCUCCUCCCUCCCACCCCCCGGCCCCAGCGAUGGGUCAGAAGAUCUCCGGCAGCAUCAAAUCGGUGGACGCGCGCGGCGAGCCGUCCUACCGGCCGGUGCGGCGCGAGCUGCGCGGGCCCGACUUCUGCCGGCCCCCCCGCCUGGACCUGCUGCUGGACAUGCCCCAGGCCAGCGGCGAGGCGCAGCAGCGGCACGCCUGGAACCCAGACGACCGCUCGCUCAACGUGUUCGUCAAGGAGGACGACAAGCUCACCUUCCACCGCCACCCGGUGGCCCAGAGCACGGACUGCAUCCGCGGCCGCGUGGGCUACACCCGCGGCCUCCACGUGUGGCGCGUGCACUGGCCGGCGCGGCAGCGCGGCACGCACGCCGUGGUGGGCGUGGCCACGGCGGAGGCGCCGCUGCACUCGGUGGGCUACACGGCGCUGGUGGGCUCCGACGCCGAGUCGUGGGGCUGGGACCUCGGGCGCAACCGCCUCUACCACGACUGCAAGAACCGGCCGGCGUCCGCCUCGGCGCCCACCUACCCGGGCUUCCUGGAGGCGGACGAGUCGUUCGUGCUGCCCGACGCCCUGCUGGUGGUGCUGGACAUGGACGACGGGACGCUCAGCUUCAUGGUGGACGGACAGUACCUGGGCGUGGCCUUCAGGGGCCUGAAGGGCAGGAAGCUGUACCCCAUCGUCAGCGCCGUGUGGGGCCACUGUGAGGUGUCUCUGCGCUACAUCAACGGACUGGAUCCUGAGCCCCUCCCCCUGAUGGACCUGUGCAGGCGAGUGGCCAGGCUAGCCCUGGGGCGGGACCGCAUCCAGCACAUCGACUCCCUCCCGCUGCCCCAGACCCUGAAGAACUACCUCCAGUACCAGUGACCCCCUCCCCCCUCUCCUCCUCCCCCCACACACACACACACACACAACCCACCCACGCUUUACACACACCCGGGAAACCGUGACGAGUCCCCUCUACGUUGGAGCAUGGAUAGAACUGCCUCCGAGCAGACAGCUCCCCAACGACAGGACUUCUGCUGGUGAUCAUGAGGAUGACGAGGAAGAGAGCGCUGAGCGAGCCCACUCCCAAGGGCUCGCUUCACCCAGUGCCGGCUUGAGACGUUCUGAUUUUAGCUUUGCUUUUUUUUUUUACCCCCCGCUCACUGCUGCCCAGGUGCUCAGACCUACGGACUAUCUGAUGGAUGGACGGACGAGAAGAUGGAGAGAGAGGGGGAGGGGGGGGGGGGGUCGGACUAAAGCAGAGGCAAGAUGAUGUGGUUGCGUUGGCAGUGUGGAAGCUUCUGGAAUGAUGUGUGUGAGUGUGUGAGGGGAGCGUGUUGUGAUGCGUCCGACCAUAUCUACAGCCUCCGGGGAAGCCUCUGAACCUUGUAGAUAUUUAUAUUCAUAUUUAUAUUCCAAUCCUAUAGCAGGCUCUGCUGAGACUCCAGCUUCAGCCACAUUCAGAGGACACACACUCGCAGGACCAGGCUCACUUCUCUGAUCUCAUACAUUUGCUAACUCUCUCUAUAUAUAUAUAUAUGGAGAGGAAGUGUGUGUGUGUGUGGUGUUUCAACCUCCCUCUGCAAAAAGGCACCCUUAAACCUGGUAGAAGACACGACAGACACCGUCCAUGUUCUCAGCCCGACACGGCUGACUCCGGUGUCGCCCCCCCCCUCCUCCUCCGCAGGCCCCCCAGUGAGAUGAGGCGUGGUGUGGGGGAGAGGGGGUGGGGGAGGAGGAGGUGUUACCAGCCGUCCGCUGGAGCAGCGAUGAUUGCGAUUGAUCCACACGGGAAUCCGCGACGACUGUUAGUGUGCCUGCUCCAUGAAAGGAGAACAGACCCUUUCUGGAACCAGAGGCCGUUUGAAAAACAUGGACAUGCUGCUUUUCUAGCGUUCUUUUCUUUCUUUUUGUUUUUUUGCCCCCCCCCCCCCCCCCCGAUGCUGAUGUCCUACUUUUUUUUUUCCUUUGAGCAUUUGUUACUUUGUUUCUUUUUCUAUGGUUUUUGAGAUCUAUCUGCAGGACAGGAAGUGGUUUGGCAGAGACGACGUUCUCCCCAGACAGGUGUAGGAAUGUGCUACCAUGAGCAUCUUUUAAAUGUGAAUAAAAAAACCAAACGAACCAAACCAAA